AGGACACCUCUGCUGCGUGGAGCGGCGGCGAGCUGGCGGGCGGCUCGCAGUGUGAGGAAGGUUGUGGGUUGGGCCCUUCCUGCUCUGGUGACGUCCCCGGACCGCCGUGGCCUAGGCCUGGGGAGAAACCAACCGGCUUUGCCGUCUGACUGGAGGCUCCGCUCUUCUGCGAGGCGGGCGAGAUUGCUCGUUCUUCUCGAAGAAUGCAGUGACCUGAGGCCAAUAAUGUUACAAGUCUUAAGAACUCAGGACAAGCAGCAGAAAUACAUGCAACAUGGUGACUGGAACCCUAAGGACUCUGCAAUAUGAAUAAUUCUCUGGAAAACACCAUUUCCUUUGAAGAGUACAUCCGAGUAAAGGCGCGGUCUGUCCCGCAACACAGGAUGAAGGAAUUUCUGGACUCGCUAGCCUCUAAGGGGCCGGAAGCCCUUCAGGAGUUCCAGCAGACAGCUACCACUACCAUGGUGUACCAACAGGGUGGGAACUGCAUUUACACAGACAGCACCGAAGUGGCUGGGUCUUUGCUUGAACUUGCCUGUCCAGUCACCACCAGUGUUCAGCCACAAACCCAACAAGAACAGCAGAUUCAGGUUCAGCAGCCACAGCAGGUUCAGGUACAGGUGCAGGUACAGCAGUCUCCGCAGCAGGUCUCGGCUCAGCAGCUCUCCCCGCAGCUCACUGUUCACCAGCCUGCUGAGCAGCCCAUCCAGGUCCAGGUGCAGAUCCAAGGCCAAGCACCACAGCCGGCGGCCCCUUCCAUCCAGACCCCGUCUCUGCAGAGUCCCAGCCCUUCACAGCUGCAGGCAGCCCAGAUCCAGGUGCAGCACGUGCAGGCAGCCCAGCAGAUCCAGGCUGCAGAGAUUCCAGAGGAGCACAUCCCACAUCAGCAGAUCCAGGCUCAGCUGGUGGCUGGCCAGUCUCUUGCUGGGGGUCAGCAGAUCCAAAUCCAGACCGUGGGUGCCCUUUCCCCACCACCGUCUCAGCAGGGCUCACCCCGGGAAGGGGAACGGCGGGUUGGCACAGCCAGUGUCCUCCAGCCAGUGAAGAAGCGCAAAGUGGACAUGCCCAUCACUGUGUCCUAUGCCAUCUCAGGGCAGCCGGUGGCUACCGUGCUGGCCAUUCCACAGGGCCAGCAGCAGAGUUAUGUGUCUUUGAGGCCAGACUUACUGACAGUAGACAGUGCCCACCUGUACAGUGCCACUGGGACCAUUACUAGCCCUACAGGAGAAACCUGGACCAUCCCUGUUUACUCUGCCCAGCCCCGUGGGGAUCCUCAGCAGCAGAGCAUUACCCACAUUGCCAUUCCCCAGGAAGCCUACAAUGCAGUUCACGUCAGUGGCUCACCCACGGCCCUGGCAGCUGUAAAGCUGGAGGAUGACAAGGAGAAGAUGGUGGGCACCACAUCUGUAGUGAAAAACUCCCAUGAAGAGGUAGUGCAGACCCUUGCAAACUCUCUCUUUCCAGCACAGUUCAUGAAUGGCAACAUCCACAUUCCAGUGGCUGUGCAGGCUGUGGCAGGCACCUACCAGAACACAGCUCAGACUGUCCAUAUAUGGGACCCCCAGCAGCAGCCACAACCACAAACCCCCCAGGAACAGACGCCGCCGCCGCCACCGCAACAGCAGCAGCAGCAGCUCCAGGUUACUUGUUCAGCUCAGACUGUCCAGGUUGCUGAAGUUGAACCACAGUCACAGCCACAGCCUUCCCCAGAACUUCUGCUUCCAAAUUCUCUGAAGCCAGAAGAAGGGCUUGAAGUAUGGAAAAACUGGGCCCAGACCAAGAAUGCUGAGCUAGAGAAGGAUGCUCAGAACAGACUGGCACCCAUUGGGAGGCGCCAACUGUUGAGAUUCCAGGAAGAUCUCAUUUCUUCUGCUGUGGCUGAGUUGAAUUAUGGGCUCUGUCUAAUGACGCGGGAAGCUCGAAAUGGAGAAGGUGAACCCUAUGAUCCAGAUGUGCUCUACUAUAUUUUCCUGUGUAUUCAGAAGUAUCUUUUUGAAAAUGGAAGGGUUGAUGACAUUUUCUCCGAUCUUUAUUAUGUUCGAUUCACGGAGUGGCUACAUGAAGUUCUGAAAGAUGUUCAGCCCCGAGUCACUCCACUUGGCUAUGUCCUGCCCAGCCACGUGACUGAGGAGAUGCUGUGGGAGUGCAAGCAGCUCGGGGCUCACUCCCCUUCCACCCUGCUGACCACCCUCAUGUUCUUUAACACCAAAUACUUCCUGUUGAAGACAGUGGACCAGCACAUGAAGCUGGCCUUCUCCAAGGUUUUGCGACAGACAAAGAAGAACCCCUCUAAUCCUAAGGAUAAAAGCACGAGUAUUCGAUACCUGAAGGCUCUUGGGAUACACCAGACUGGCCAGAAAGUUACAGAUGACAUGUAUGCAGAACAGACGGAAAAUCCAGAGAAUCCACUGAGAUGUCCCAUCAAGCUCUACGAUUUCUACCUCUUUAAAUGCCCCCAGAGUGUGAAAGGCCGGAAUGACACGUUUUAUCUGACGCCUGAGCCAGUGGUGGCCCCCAAUAGCCCAAUCUGGUACUCGGUCCAGCCUAUCAGCAGAGAGCAAAUGGGACAGAUGCUGACUCGGAUCCUGGUGAUACGAGAAAUUCAGGAGGCCAUUGCAGUGGCCAACGCAAGCACCAUGCAUUGAGAUCCCUAAGCCAUGGUGCAAGGGAGAUGAUCCAGGAAAAAAAAAAUGGACAGACUUUCACACUAAAGAAGAGGCCUCCAUUUUUUUUCUUUUCUUUUUUUUUUUAAAUUGGUGUAGUUAUGAAGCCUUUCAGACUGCUUCUGUUUAAAAUGUAAAAGGAAACUUUGCCUCCUGUGCGUCACUGUAAAUCUGCUGCAGCAGAUUCCUCAGCCCAUGGGGGCUCUGGGUUUCCUGAAAGCCAGAUGUCCUAGAAAGUUGCUGGCUGGCUUUUUCUUUUUUGCCUGGGGCCUGGGGAAAGGGCGCGGACUGUUAGGAGAAAUGUGGCCCCUUCCCUUACUCCAGAAAGAUGGAAUUAGUGACGGACCCUCCAGGGAAUCUCCCCAGCUGGCUUCCACUCUGACUGGCAGACGUCGCUGACCACAGGGGAGCCAUGGUCUUUUCUUUCUUCAUGCUCAGACAUAAACUUAGCAUCUUAAUGGAAGGACAAUGAGGGGAACUUCAAUUAUGAUUUAUUAAAGACAAUUUCUAUUACACCCUCCUUUAUGACAAGUGACAUUUUAGAUGUUAAAGUAAAAACUUUACCAUGCCUUUUUUUUUUUUUUUUUUGGCCUAACAUUGAGGCCUUAAACCUGAGGCUCCUGUGCCUGAUGGAAUUCUUGUAACAUACACUUGUGUAUCAUAUAAAGAUACCACUCUGUUUCUCUUAUGUAUUCUUAAUCUAGUUGUUUAUUAAGAAUGACAAGCACGUCUUUUCAACAUGCUAGUGAACAUCGCCUCUUUAUUUGGGAGGAGCCUAGCGGGCCAUCGGAAGCAAAGCCUUGCCUGCUGGUUGAACGGGUCACGGUCCUGUGGGAGGGGGCAGCCUCGGGAAAGCCCAACUUUGUGGCUGCACGCCUAGGGCGUGCUCCGCGCAUGCGCUCCCUCGAUAGCCCCGCCCGGGAGGCGCACCGUCUCCGCCUGUUCGUGCUGCGUCCUGACGUCAGUGACGCGCAGG